AUGGCGUCGCAAUCCCCAAGUCUCCACGUCAUCUUCUUCCCUCUAAUGGCCCCCGGCCACAUCCUCCCUAUGCUCCACCUCGCCAAGCUCUUCGCCGCCCGCGGUGCUCGCGCCACCCUCCUCACCACCCCCGCCAACUCCCACCUCCUCCAACCCGCCGUCGACGGCGUCUCCAUCAGCCUCCGCCUCAUCCACUUCCCGUCCGCCGCCGUCGGCCUCCCACCUGGCCGUGAGAGCCUCGCCAGCGUCGACUUCCGCCAGCACACGGCCUUCUUCGAGGGAAUAUACAUGCUGGAAGAUCCCUUCCGCCGCGCCCUCGCCGAGCUCCGCCCCGACGCCGUCGUCUCCGACUGGUUCCUGCCGUGGACGUUCGACGUCGCCGAGGAGUUCCGCAUCCCGCGCCUCGCGUUCCAUGGCUACAGCGCCUUCGCGCUCUGCGCCAACGCGAGCCUCCUCUACGCGCCGCCCCCGCCGCCGCCGCCCGGAGACGAGGGGUCGACGUCCUUCGUCGUGCCUGGCUUCCCGCGGCGGCUGGAGAUGCCCACGUCGCAGUUACCGGACUUAUCCAAAUUAGAGCCGGUGGUGGUCAAGAUCUUCCAGCAGAUCGCGGAGUGGGAGACGAGGAGUUUCGGAGUGGUGGUCAACAGCUUCUACGAUCUGGAGACGGAGUUCGCCGACCACCUCCGCCGCGCCAUCUGGCGGAGGGCGUGGCUCGUCGGUCCAGUGGCCUCCGCGAAGUCCUUCUCCCACGACGGCGACGACCUCUCUGUUUCCCGAUGGCUGGACGAGCAGCAGGACGCAUCGGUGCUGUACGUCUGCUUCGGCAGCGUGAGCUCCAUAGCCGGCGCCCAGCUCCGGGAGCUGGCUCUGGGCCUCGAGGCUUCCGGCCACCCAUUCAUUUGGGUCGUCCGGACCGACGACGCGGCGGCGGAGCCCAGCUGGCGACCGGCGGGGUUCGCGGAGAGGACGAAACAGAGGCGGUGGCUGAUACUCGAGGACUGGGCCCCGCAGGCCGCGAUACUUGGCCACGUGGCAGUCGGCGGGUUCGUGACGCACUGCGGGUGGAGCUCGUGCAUGGAGGCCGUGGCCGCCGGCGUUCCGAUGGCGACGUGGCCGCUCUUCGCGGAGCAGUUCCUCAACGAGAGGCUGGUGACGGAGGUGCUGGGGGUGGGGGUGUCGGUCGGCGCGACGCACUGGACGAUGGACCCGGAGGAGAGGCCGUUGAUACAGGCGGCGGAGGUGGAGCGGGCAGCGAGGAGAGUGAUGGACGCCGACGGGGAGGAAGGGAGGAGGAUGAGGACGAAGGCGAGGGAGCUGGCGCUGGCGGCCAAGACUGCGACGGCGGAGGGAGGGUCGUCGUCCGAUGACAUGGGCAAGUUGAUCAAAGACUUGAUCGAUCAAAAGCAAUAAAAAAACAUAGUUGACAAAAUAAUAAAAUAAUAAAUAAAUAGCAUUCAGAAUUAGGUCAUUCUAAUUGACUCGUAAUUGGGC